AUGAGAUUACCUGUCCGACCAAUCUCAUUCAGAUUUUCGUCUGUCCAACCACUCAUCCGCUCCUCUCCUUCUACCAGUACAAAACCCCUCCUGGUUUUGGGUAUCGAAUCAUCCGCCGACGACUCCUCAGCAUCUAUCGUCUCUUCUAAUCGUCAAAUCCUAUCUCUAGUAACUAUCUCACAACAUUCUGAAAAUUCCUUGUACGGGGGUAUACAUCCGCUUGUAGCUCAAUCGUCACAUAAUAAGAAUAUACCUCUGGCGAUUGAGCGAUGUCUGCGACAAUCUGGAAAGUCAAUAAGUGAUAUCGAUGCUAUUGCGUAUACUCGUGGACCGGGUAUGAGGGGGUGUCUGACCGUUGGGGAGAUGGCUGCGAAAGGUUUGGCGGCGGGGUUGGGGAAGAGGUUGGUCGGUGUACAUCAUAUGCAAGCUCACGCUUUAACACCCCUAUUGACUGAACCUAACCCACCUAAAUUCCCAUUCCUCAUCUUACUUGUUUCCGGAGGACAUACUCAGUUAGUCUUAGCUGAAUCUCAAGACAAGUUUAGGAUACUAUUAGACACUUUGGAUAGUAAGAUCGGCGACGUGUUCGAGAAAGCGGCUCGUCUAAUCCAACUUCCCACUUCCCCAACCAAAUCACCCGGAGCGAUCCUCGAGUCAUACGCUUCUUCCCCUUUUCUUCCACCGUACGACCAAACCCCUCUCCCUCCCCUCCCUAUACCUCUUUCGACGAACGAUACGAGGGACAAAGCUGCAUUUUCAUUUGCAGGUAUAUUAUCUUCUCUUCAAAGACGCAUACCUUCCGAUACAGUGCUGAGCGAGAGUGACAAGAAGGAAUACAGUCGGGUGUUUCAGGUGGCUGCUGUUAGGCAUUUGGUAUUCAAGUUGAAACAGACCAUUGUUGGUCUAUCACAUGGUGGGAUAGGUGGGUUGGGGGGAUUAGUAAUUAGUGGUGGAGUAGCGAGUAACUUGUAUCUUCGACAGAGAUUGCAAGAGAUGUUAUAUGAGAUACAAGGAGAAAGGGAAGAUAAAACGAUGAUGGAGUUGUACUAUCCUCCUAUAUCUUUGUGUACAGACAACGCAGCGAUGAUAGCUUGGACGGCUAUCUUGAGAAUCCAGAAUGAGAAAGGUUUCGUUUCUGAUCCGUACGAUCUACCAGUAAGACCUAAAUGGUCGUUGGAAGAUUUAUACGAUGACGUAGAAUCAAAAUCGAAGAUGUAA